AUGACUUCUCCACAGCGCUGCAUGCAUCUGCUCAUCUUCAUCAUCCUCCUCUCUUUCCUGGCAUUUGCAGCUCUUUCUGCUGAGACUAAGCUGCAUAAAAUCCUCAUGAAAAGAGAAGUGCCUAGCAAGUCUGAGCCUGCUGGAGUGGCCAUCACGCCAUCUGAGGCCCAGGAGUUCCUGACCCUCGCACGAAGACCCAGGAGGAACAUCUGGGACCGCAGUAGACCUGAUGUGCAACAGUGGAUCAUGCAGUUCAUGUAUAUGGGCUACGAUGAGGCGAAACUGGAGACAGACCUGUCCUACUGGAUGGACCAGUCCCAUGCCAGAAACCAAGAUCGCCAGCACCACUAUGACGAGAAUGCUCCCAUUGGACCGAGAGACACAAGUUCUUACAGGCAUGGAGCUAAUGUGAACUAUGACGACUACUAA